AUGAAUCCAGUUUGUUUGAAACUCAUUGAAGCCAUAUUUAUGGUGUGUUUGGUGUUGCAGGUGGAACUUGCUUGUGCAAAAGAGGUGGACAUUGUUUAUGGAAAAGAGGAUGAGCUUGUUUCAUCAAAAGUGGUUAGGUGCAUAGAAAGGGAGAGGGAAGCACUCCUCGACUUGAAGGGUGGCCUUGUGGAUCACUAUGGCAUGCUGUCAUCUUGGACAACUGCUGAUUGUUGCCAAUGGAAGGGAAUUCGUUGUAGCAACCUUACUGGCCAUGUAUUAAUGCUCGAUCUUCAUGGAGAGUCUCGAAAUAUACCAUAUGAGAUUGGGAAACUUUCAAACUUGCAAACGCUUUAUCUUGGAGGAUAUGAUGGUGGUGCUCUUAAAAUUGACGAUGGGAAUCGUGCUGGAGGUCAGUGGCUAUCUAAUCUCUCUUCUUUGACCCAUCUUCACUUGGUUGGGAUAUCUAAUCUUAACCGUUCUAAAAGCUGGAUGCAAAUGAUUGUUAAGCUACCAAAACUAAGAGAACUAAGUUUAUCCGAUUGUAGCCUUUCCGAUCAUUUUAUCCUUUCAUUGAACACUUCCAAAUUCAAUUCUUCUACUUCCCUUUCUGUCAUUGACCUCUCUUGGAACACCUUCACGUCAUCCAUGAUAUUCCAGUGGGUGUCAAAUAUCAGUUCCAACCUUGUUGAGCUUGACCUUACUGCUAACAAUCUCUUGGAGGCUCCCCCAUCAAGUCAUUUUGGCAUAGUGAUGAAUUCUCUUGAGCGGCUUUACCUCUCCUUUAAUAGACUCAAGGACAGUGUUAUUAAAUCCUUCAUGAAUAUAUGCACCUUACGUUCUUUAUACUUGUCUCAGAAUAAUUUGACUGAAGAACUUCCAUCAAUUCUUCUUAACAUGUCUCGUGGCUGUGUUAGAUACUCAUUACAAGAGUUGAAUCUGAGAGAGAAUCAAAUCACUGGUUCGUUACCUGACCUUUCGAUAUUCACAUCUUUGAAAACAUUGGAUCUUUCUCGUAAUAGAUUAAGUGGAAAGAUACCUGAAGGUAGCAGAUUGCCAUCUCAGUUGGAGUCUUUGUCAAUCGGAUCAAACUCUUUAGAAGGUGGAGUUCCCAAAUCAUUUGGGGACGCUUGUACUUUGCGCUCAUUGGACCUUUCCAAUAACAGUUUGAGCGUAGAGCUUGGAGUGAUAUUUAAUCACUUGUCUGGGUGUGCUAGGUACUCGUUGCAAAAUUUGUAUUUGGAAGAAAAUAAAAUCAACGGCACACUAGCUAACCUUCCAAUAUUCUCAUCUAUGAAAACAUUGGAUCUUUCUAGUAAUUGA